AUGGAUUUAAGUCCAACGAAGGAGCAGUGCAGAAAUGAAAAUAAAUUACAACCUUUUAAUUCAUUUCAAUUCCAUCGCAGUCCGAGAAGUUCUCAACUAAGAUUUUCCUCACGACAAGACGUCACUCCCUCACCAGAAGUUGAUACUGAUAUAACAAUACUAAAUGAAACGCCGAAGGAGAAAGCAGACAGACUUUUGCAGGAAGCGAACAAACGUGAUAUUGCCCUAAUGGCUACCAGUUCGCGAGCAACGACUCGCUAUGCAGCAUUGUACGCCGCGAGCAAGAAUCGCGGACUCGAUGCAUCCUUGGAAAGGAAUCUGACCAACUUGGAAGCGGUAAAAAAUAAAAAAGUGAGAAUGAUUCAGCAAACUCAAGAGAUAGUUAAAGAUGAUUUUAAGAAGACUAAAAAGGUUUCAUUACGACGGGAAAAACAGUUCGUGAAAUAUAAAAGUGAAAGCUAUAUUUAUGAAAAACGGAGAACAUCUUGUGAUGGACAUUGCCGAUACGUAAAGUUGCCACCUAUUCACCUUCGAAAGAUGAAUAGUCUGUGA